UACCGAUGUCAGGCUCAAAUGCAUACAUCGUGCACAUUUGUUAACGCACACCCGGUAACUUUUAGGGGCACCCUAUGGGACUGGUGGUGUACAUGUACAAUUAAUGCACUUUGGAGGGGAUCGUGACGCGUUGAUUGCAGGUUGGAUCUGAAGAGUUUACGUUUCGACAUUAUCCAAACUCAGUAUCGCGACAGACAACAUACUGGGCGUUUUGUCCUAGGUACAAUCUGCGUAAUAUGUCGACUCAUUUAAGUGGAAAGAUACAAACAGUGCUAGGACCGAUAGCUCCAGGUGAUCUUGGCAUAACUUUGACUCAUGAACACCUGAACAUCGACUACAAACCAUAUUUCAAAGAACCACCUGCCAAGUAUAAGGACAAUAUCCAGCUGCCUCUAACCAUUGGUAACUUAUGGUGGAUUCAUCGCUACCCGUACUCAUGUUGGGAUAAUCUCGAGCUAAAGACAGUCCAGAAAGAUGUCAUGAAAGAGCUACAAUUCUUUCACGAAAAUGGAGGUCGAUCCAUUGUGGAUGCAACGACGAUUGGGAUUGGACGAAAUCUGACAGAACUUGCCGAACUGUCCAAAGAAAGCGGAGUUAACAUCAUCGCCGGCGCCGGAUAUUAUUUGGGGCACACUCAUCCCCCGGAAAUGAGCACCAUGACCCAGGAAGAACUUGUCCAAGGCAUGGUGCAUGAGGUCACCACAGGAGCCGAUGGAACCAAACUCAAAUGCGGAGUCAUUGGCGAGAUUGGCUGCUCCACUGAGAUAUUGCCUAAUGAGAGGAAAGUUCUUCAGGCUACAGCUGAAGCUCAAUCCCAGCUAGGCUGUCCCGUCCUGAUUCACCCAGGUAGACAUCCCAAGUGUCCUGCUGAUUGCCUCCGGGUGUUACAGGAAGCAGGGGGAGACAGCAGCAAGACCGUCAUGUCUCAUAUUGACCGAUGUCUUUUCAACCGCGAUCAAGUUCUUGAAUUCGCGGAGAUGGGUGCCCUCCUAGAAUUCGACUUCUUUGGUACCGAGGUUUCGUACUAUCAGUAUGACGAUACCUUGCCCUUACCUAGUGACAUUCAACGGAUCUGUCUCAUCAAGAUCCUGGUGGAAGAAGGUUACGGUGAUAAAGUGGUCAUUUCCCAUGAUCUACACCGGAAGAUGCAACUGAUGAAUUAUGGAGGUCACGGCUACUCUCACAUCGUUCUCAACGUCCUGCCCAGAAUGCUGACCAGUGGUUUGUCCGCAGACGUCAUCGACAAGAUCACCAUAGAUAACCCACGCAACUGGCUGACGUUCAAGUAAGACACCAGGGCGCAUGGGCAGGUGGAUACAAUUAGCGUCUGAUGCAAUUUUACGAGACCGGGCCUUCUCCAGAUCGACUGGCUACGGUUGAUUAUAACACACGCGUCAAUGGAAAAAAAGCCGCAACCGCUAGCAAGCGACUCCUAUAUUAUAAUUUUUUUACAGCCGCAGCCACAAUUUGUGGACAGAUCUCGAUGAUUGUAUGCAUUAAUCAUAAUUCCCAAAUUUAUUUCAAUAUACAAGGCACACCUGUAAGCCGGAGCCUUUUCUAACAAGUAAAGGGGAAUUAACAAGCCCAAAAAGUUAUCUUUAAGGCUAUUGGAAAGAAAAACUGUUGUAAUUGAAGGAGGGAUGUCCACAGCUCAGAUUUUACGAAGUCUCAAUACAAGUUAAAUAUAGACGCAGAAACUUAAAAGCCUGACGUCUACAUUAUAAGGACAUUUUGUAAAUCCAUUAUAAAAUUUGCAAAGUACCAAUUAUUUUUUUUGUAAUUAGUAAGCAAGUAAAGUGACCCAAACAACCAGUUGUAUUCAUUUUAGUCAGUAAGCACAAUGAGGCACUACAGGGUUAAAAGCAUUCAAUGUCAUUGACAUUUUGCUAAUACAUAAAGUAAGCAAGAGUAAUUAUUGAAUUAUUAAUAACUCUGUUAAAUAUAACAGUCGCAUCGAACGAGUAAAGGAUUACUGUAUGAAUUAUGA